GUACGUCAGAGGAAACCAUGAUGAGUUCUUAAAAAUAAAAGCUGCAGAACAAAACAAACCAACCUUACUUAAAGACAGACUGAGAUAUGAUCCGUGCUUUCGUUUUGUUGUGACGAUUACCUCAAUUAUUUUCAACCAUUUAAACAUAAAGGUAAACCACAUUUUUGAAGGUAGUAUUGUGAUAUUUUUCAUAAACAGGUCUCCUCCUCUGUGAUUGUGACUAUAUUGGUCAAAGGGCACCAAUGGCAUUUGUAUUGAGAUCUGCCUUCAGAAAACAGGCUUUGUUGAUGCCGUUAAUGAACGCUGUUAGAGGGAUGUCUUCAUCAGGAGGGCCGACACCCCCCUUCACAACCCUGUCAGUCAGCCGGCCAGCUGAGACCAUCACUCAUGUUGAGAUCUGCCGCCCGGAGAAACGCAAUGCAAUGAACAAGGCAUUCUGGCUUGAAAUGGUUGACUGCUUCAAUCAGAUAACUGAGGACUCAGAGUGCCGUGUCGUGGUUUUCUCAGGUGCUGGAAAGCUCUUCACUUCAGGUAUUGACCUCAUGGGCAUGGCCAGUGAUAUUCUACAGCCCGAAGGUGAUGACACAGCCAGGAUCUCAUGGAAUGUGCGCCGCAUCAUAACUAAAUACCAAGAGACCUUCUCUGUCAUUGAAAAGUGUCCAAAACCAGUGAUUGUGGCCAUUCAUGGAGCAUGUAUAGGAGGAGGCGUGGACCUAAUCACAGCAUGUGAUAUACGACUGUGUACACAGGAUGCCUGGUUUCAGGUCAAGGAGGUUGACAUUGGUUUGGCAGCUGAUGUCGGGACUUUGCAGCGUCUCCCCAGAGUGAUUGGAAGUCGAAGUCUAGUGAAUGAGUUGGCUUUCACUGCAAGGAAGAUGUACGCUGAUGAAGCCAAAAGCUGUGGACUGGUCAGUCGUAUUUUCCCGGAUAAAGAUACUAUGAUGGCUGGAGCUCUGGAGAUGGCAGGAGAGAUUGCCAGCAAAAGUCCUGUAGCAGUCCAGGGAACUAAAGUCAAUCUCAUUUACUCCAGAGACCACAGUGUUCCAGAGGCCCUCAAUUACAUAAACACCUGGAAUAUGAGCAUGCUUCAAACCCAAGAUUUAAUGAAGUCAGCUCAGGCAGCGAUGGAGAAGAAAAGCCUCAAAGACAUUACUUUUUCUAAGCUCUGAGAGUCUACCUUACACCCUUACUUACAAAUAACAGCUACUUCAAUAAAAACCUGCUCCUGCUGAGUUAGAUUUGAUCUGCUCAUGUUAAUUAACAUGAUUUUUACAACUAAAGCACAUCUUGCUAUUGAUAUUUCAAUUCUGUAUUCACAUUCAGUUUAAAGCAAUCUGUUUCCGUUCGGUGUUAUGUCUUUCUGGGACUAGUUAAGGUGAACAAAAGUUUGAUUCAUUAUUUUUAUGGGUGCCUUAAUGCUGACUCACAAAUAUCAGUUAAUUAACCAAAAAAAAAAAAAAACCUGCUAAACAUGUUCAGUGCUAAAUGCACACUAAAAUCUAAAAACCUUAAGAUAAAUGGUUUGACUUGCUUUUUGAGUCUAUGAUUUGUUUUAUGAUUUAUCAGUGACCUGUGUUCUGUAUUAUAUGAUAUGUUACAAUAUGAAUUGUAAUAUUUUUGCAACUCAAUAAAACAAGUAAUGCUAAAA